GGCGCGAGCGCUUCCGCAGGAAGAAGGAAGCGGCGCCGCCAUCCGCUCCUAGCGCUCCUUCCCCGCCUCCCGGGUUUGUCGGUCGCCACCAUGUCCGCCUCGGCCGUCUUCAUCCUCGAUGUUAAGGGCAAGCCCCUGAUCAGCCGCAACUACAAAGGUGAUGUAGCCAUGAGUGAAAUCGAGUACUUCAUGCCUUUGCUGGUGCAGCAGGAGGAGGAGGGCAUCCUGGCCCCGCUGCUGAGCCACGGCCGUGUCCACUUCCUGUGGAUCAAGCACAGUAACCUCUACUUGGUUGCUACCACACUGAAGAAUGCAAACGCCUCCUUGGUGUAUUCUUUCCUCUACAAGGUGGUGGAGGUAUUCUCCGAGUACUUCAAAGAGCUGGAGGAGGAGAGCAUCCGGGACAACUUUGUCAUCGUCUACGAGCUGCUGGAUGAGCUCAUGGACUUUGGUUUCCCACAGACCACGGACAGCAAGAUCCUGCAGGAGUACAUCACGCAGCAGAGCAACAAGCUGGAGACGGGCAAGUCCCGGGUGCCACCCACCGUCACCAACGCUGUGUCCUGGCGCUCGGAGGGCCUCAAGUACAAGAAGAACGAGGUCUUCAUCGAUGUCAUCGAGUCUGUCAACCUGCUGGUUAAUGCCAACGGCAGCGUCCUGCUGAGCGAGAUCGUGGGCACCAUCAAGCUCAAAGUCUUCCUGUCGGGCAUGCCGGAGCUGCGGCUCGGCCUCAAUGACCGCGUGCUCUUUGAGCUCACUGGCCUUUCAGGCAGCAAGAACAAGUCCGUGGAGCUGGAGGACGUGAAGUUUCACCAGUGCGUGCGGCUCUCGCGCUUUGACAACGACCGCACCAUCUCCUUCAUCCCGCCCGACGGCGACUUUGAGCUCAUGUCCUACCGCCUCAGCACCCAGGUCAAGCCCUUGAUCUGGAUCGAGUCCGUCAUAGAGAAGUUUUCCCACAGCCGCGUGGAGAUCAUGGUCAAGGCCAAGGGGCAGUUCAAGAAGCAGUCGGUGGCUAACAGCGUGGAGAUCUCCGUGCCCGUCCCCAGCGACGCCGACUCCCCCCGCUUCAAGACCAGUGUGGGCAGUGCCAAGUACGUGCCGGAGAAGAACGUCGUGAUUUGGAGUAUUAAGUCCUUCCCGGGUGGCAAAGAGUACCUGAUGCGAGCCCACUUUGGCCUGCCCAGUGUGGAGAAGGAGGAGGUGGACGGCCGGCCCCCCAUCGGGGUCAAGUUCGAGAUCCCCUAUUUUACUGUCUCCGGGAUCCAGGUCCGAUACAUGAAGAUCAUCGAGAAAAGUGGCUAUCAGGCCCUGCCCUGGGUUCGCUACAUCACCCAGAGUGGUGAUUAUCAACUUCGGACCACCUAGAAGGAGAAGAGAUGGGGCAUGAACGUGAGAAAGUGGGGGCUCCCCCUCUCUCCAGGCCCCAGCUGGGAAUUUUAAAGAGGGAGGGAGGUCCCAGAGGGUGACGGGGCAAGGACAGUGAGGGCAGGCCCCUGACUUGGCAGUUUUUUUUUUUAAUCUCAGUAUCCUGCCCAGUUCUGGCCUCUUCCUCUUUCCAUAGGCCGGUACCCCGCACCCUCGCGGUGAUCCCCAAUUUUAUAUGAAGAAAUAGUGGAGGGGCUCAAGACCCCUCUCACGAGUGCCUUCUUUCAAUGACCUGCCUUAGGGGGUGUCGGGGGCCCCUCCAUCAGCUGCUGAGCUCAGAGGCCCCGCUGGUCCAUUCCUCUGAAUUUUA